ACUACUUUCACUUUCUACUUGCAGUCCUGCAGCAUCCAGUCAUGGCUGUUCUCAGAGAUCUGCUCCUCUUCUACUGUCUGGUCUGGAGGACAACAGGACAGCUGGACGUGGUGGUGGGACCUGAGGAGGACGCCGUGCUGCAGUGCUGGAGUCCUGCUGGGGGGAAGAUCUCGGUGCUGAAGUGGAGCCGACCCAACGGGAACUCCGACGGCUACGUCUACUUCUACCGGAACAACCGCUGCUUCAACAGCUACCAGCAUCCUCGCUUCCACGGCCGAGUGCAGCUGAGACAACCGGACAUGAAGGACGGAGACGCAACCCUGAUCCUGAGGAACGUCACCGAGCUGGACGCCGGGAUCUACGAGUGUUACACGUCUGUGAAGAACCCGGGACGAAGUAAGAGAUCCUCAGUGGAGACGAGUCAGUUCAUCAACCUGAUGGUCACCGGUGAAACACGUCAAACUGCAGAGAAGUUGGAGUUCAUCCCAGAAGAACCUGAAGGAAACCCUCAGGAUGCAGUAGCCGUGGAAACCAGCGUCCCCCUGGUCGUUGUCGUUGCUGUUGUUGUUGUUGUUUGUGUUUUAGGAUCUGUGAGUCUCUGGACAGUAAAAAGACGUAAACAACUGAGUGUUAAAAAUCAUUCAGACACAGAGGAAGAGUCCGUGUUUCCUGAAAAAACAUGAAAAUCAGAGCUGAUCAUAAAAUCAAACAAGAGAAAUCCUGUGGAUGUUACGUAGAAGAAGUAGAUUAUCAUCGGUAAAACAUGAAAACAAAACAAGAAGGGGUAAAUGUCUAAAAUUAUUCAUGGAAUAGAAUAGAAUAUCCUUUUUUUAGUCCCACAAGGGGAAAAGUUACAAAAUGACAGAAGAAAAAUCAAGAGAACACAUCUAUAAAUUAAAGACGUGAUAUAGAUACACUGUAUAUACACAAUAUAAAUAAGAAAAGCUGAAGAACACAACGAAUUAAUCAGAAAAUUAUUAUUAUUAAAAAACACAACCAAAAGAAUCUGGAAAUCUUUCAAGAUGACUCAAACCUGGUACAAAAGGAUUCAAAGUUUGAUCCAAAAUGUCCCAACAUUUCUUUAAAAUGAUUCCAAAUUGGUCCAAAGCGACUCAGUCCAGAAAGAUUUCCAAGAAAAUGCCUAAAAUGAUGUAAAUUUUACGACAACUGCUGUAUUUUUUCCCCAGAAAGAUUCUUGUCUGCACUGAAAAAUGCACCUUCCACUUGAAUGAACACUAUUUGUGACACUGUGAAGACUAAAAAUAUGAAUGUAUGAAAGUGUUCUGCUAAUAAAAUAAGCUACGUGAUCAUAAA